AUGUCUCAAGCUUUGGAUGCAUUAGAAUCAAUAUUAUCUGAUUAUCUUUCACCAGAAUUAGAAGUCAAUGGUCCUGCAAGAACACAACUUGAGCAAUUAUUAGAUAAUGAUAGAGAAAAUUUCAUAAUUGCCCUUAUCUUGAUAUUCAAGCAGACAUCUGAUCUUAGAGUAUUAUUUGCAGCAUCUACAUUCCUGUCUCGAGCUGUUUCAUAUACAAACGAGUUAGCAAAUCUAAUUAUGCAAAUCUGCAGUCCACAAAAUCCAAAUGGAAUAUACAAUAACUUAUUAGAAUUGCUAUUUCAAUAUAUUCAAAACGAACAAGACAUAUUACGAAACAAUGCUGCAAAAAUUUUCGCAAAUUUGUUUGCCUAUACGUAUAAGGUAGAUGACACGAUCAUCAAUUUUCUCCGUGAAUCAGUACUGAACAAUAAUUCCAAAGAAAUGCAGCUAGGAUGCUUAGAAGCUUUUUAUAACAUUUUACUUUUGCCGGACAUCAAUAGAAUCUCAAGGGUGCAAAUAUUUAGAGAUACCACGGCCUACUUCUACGAUAUUUCUAUCCAAAUUCUCAAUACUCCUUUUGAAGAAGAAAAUUUUCAAACAAUUAAAGAGAUAAAACUAUCCGCAAUCCAAUUAUUAUCAGGUGUUUUCAAAUAUAUACCAACAUUCAUUACAGAAAAACACGCUUACGAUCUUCUAAACGCUUUACCAGUUUCAUUUGUUUUUCCUGACUUGGAAGUUUUCAGAGGACUUAAUUCUUUGAUGCUCAAAAUGAUCAAGGGUGUCUAUGCGAAUGCAGGCGUGUUCUUUGAUGUCAUUUUAGACUAUACUUACAAAUCUUUAUCAAUGGAUGACGCAGAUUACGUUAUUGAAGCUAUUACUUUCAUCCAAGAUUUAGCGACAUACGAAAGAGAGUAUUUAGAACAGUCAAAACUCUAUAAUAAGAUGGCUUUGCCGAAAUCUUAUUCACGUCCUCAGUAUUUGAUUGAAAACAACUUAUUGGGACUUGUUGAACCACUUGUAACUAUUAUGAAGAGCUAUCCUUCUGAUCAAACAAAUUGUGAAGAUAUUUCUGAGAAAACCGUUCAAAAUUCAGCGGCUUAUGCCUUAGUAAAGCUAUUUCCAGCAGCUCCGAGAAAAGCAUUUGAUCUUUACAGGGAAAUAAUUCAAGAUUUUAUCAGAUCUUCAGAAUGGCAAGAAAGACAUGGAGCAUUGAUGCUUUUAAUAGCUAUAAUGGAUGAGCCAAUGCUUUGUGUCAAUGGAGAAAGUGAUUCUGAACAAGAAGGAAAAAGAUUUUUCAAAGAAUGCGUUUCUUAUGCAAUUUCGUUCAAAGAUGACAUGUUCUCGCUAGCCGAAGCAUAUGAUGUACCUAUAUUACGCGAUACUGCUAUCUUUUGUUUGGAAGUUUUGUUUUUGAGAAUCAAAAAACUUGGAAUUAAACCAACAAACGAACAAUUAGUAGAAAUCGCAGAAAAUGUAAUAAAUAUAGCACGAAUUGACUUUUCAACUCCAGAUUGGACAUUAAUUCAUCUUUCGUCACUUUUUUCAUCGUAUCUGAAUUUAUAUGAUUUACAGCAAUACCAAAGCCCUAUGGAUGAGACGAUGUACAACAAAAUCAAGGAGAUUAUAGAUACAGUCAAAUCAUGCCCUCAAUGCCGCGAAAAACCUCAAAUUUUCAUUGAAGCUUCAAAAGCUCUCGGAAAUUUGAUAUUAGCUUUGCCAUUUAAGAUCAUUACUGACCAAUUAGCAAAUAUCAUCGGUGAUAUUGUUGCUACAAUUCAAAAUUUACAGUCAAUUGAAUCUUAUUUAAAUGUUGACAAGUCUACAGCAUACGCAGGUCUCUGUAUUACCCUAGAGAGUGCAAUGAACUCAGGAGUUUACUUUGAUGCAAGUCCUUUUGCCGAUAAUUUGAUCAAUCCUCUUUACGAACUAUCAAAUGACCCAUCUACACCAUUCUUUGAUGAAGCUAUCAAUGCAAUGGGCUUCAUUAUGGUAAGAGUUCAUGAUAGAUUUGCUGAAUUACACAAUGAACAGCUUGUUGAACGAGUUCUUGCAGGAUUACAGUCAGGAAACAACGAAAGUAUCAUUGCUUCUUGCAAAUUCAUCAAGCAUAUCUACAAUAAAUGGGGACUUAAGAAAUCAUUUUGGGAUAAUUUGAGCAAUAACCAGGAUUCAGAACAAGAGUCAAUAGAAGCUGAAUUCGAAUCAUUAUAUAAUAACUACGCAUCCGUUUACGCCAAUAAUAUCCUGAAUUGCCUUACAAAUUGUUAUUCCACCGACCAAAAGAUGCAUUACGUCAAUGCACUCACGUAUGCCAUGUGUAUGAGUACUGUUGAUGAGCCACAAGACUACGAAGCCAAUGUUUCUAAGCUUUUUGAUUUGAUUUCAGAAUUAAUCGUUGAUUUCGGAUCAUCAGGCUAUGAGAAGCUUUACCAUGAUCAGCUAAACUCACAACUUCAGUGCAUUACUGAGAGUCUUUCGAAUAUUUUCACGAAAUACGGAAAAUCAGUCAUUGCUGCUCACGAUGACUUCGAAGUAAAGAUGCACAUGAUUGUAUUGAAGCUUACAAAGAAGAUAUGCUACAAGCCAUCGUAUUUAACCCUAAAAAAGUGCAAUGAUAUGAUUAAUGUUUAUGCGGAUUCAACAACAAGGAAACACUGCUUGAAAGCAAAUAAUAAGAAUAUUACUCACAUUGUUGAUUUAAUUAGAUCAAAAAUCGGACUAACAGAAGCAGGAACUCAAUUGAAAACCAAACUUCAGAAUUUGUAA